AGAAACAGCACCGGACAGUACCCUUCAACCAAAUAUCACACUACCAAACGUACCACCUAAAUAUAUUUUGUACUUAUUUUAAAAAGAAAAACAGAUCUCAGUUCUCUCUGAUAUUAUUCAACACCUAUAAAUAAAGUACGUUCUUGAAAUAUCAGAUUCAGAGGGCUCUUAGAUCUGUCUGAAUUUGAAUUUUUUCAGGUUGCGUUUCAAUUGAAUUCUUCUUCUUGAUAUAGUCCAUUGUACUGAGUUGAUUUUAUCUUAGUUCAUAAGGUCGAUUUUUUGUAUAAAGUUUUGAUAUUUGGAAUAAAGAAUAUUUAUUUUCUUGAAAUGCUGUGAUGGCUUUUGCGACAUGCCGCAGCCAAAUAUUGAUUCACCAUUAGAAUUGUAUUGCAUUGGGUUGGAGUAUGCGGAUGGAUUUAAGUUACAAUUCAAAAAGAGAUGCUAGACGAUUGUUCCAGUAAUAAUCGAGAAGUUAUUUACAAUCCUAGUGAAAUUCAAAAUUCACCUAUCCAGAAAGACCCUUUUUUCUCACAUUUGUGUGAUGAAGUUGCAAACGGUAAUUUUGAACAUCAAUUAGAAAAUUCUGAUGCAACUGUCGAAGACUCUGACUUCGAGUUGCCUUUGGUUCACCAGCCCAUGAUUGAAAAUGGAAAUGUAGAUACUGAUAGAUUUCAGUGUAACAAGACGUCUCAGAACGAAAGUGCCCACUCGAAUGAUAGUAAUACCAUGGAUCAAGAGAUCAAUAUAAAGACCUUGGAUCAUGAAAUUAAUUUUCACACCAUGGAUCAUGAAAUCAAUAUACACAACAGAGGAAAGGAAAAAGAGAAUUAUGUGCCCUUUGAUAUUGAAAAUGGGUCUUCUGCCGAGAUGCUUUCAUCAAAUACUAGUGAUGAUUGUGCCAAUUCUUCCUACAUUCCUGAAAGGUUGCCACCAAAGUCUGAGAGCCCUGUAUCUCCUGCUGAUGUGUUGAAGACUUUGUUUUUCAUACUUGUCUGGUACACUUUCAGCACAUUUUUGACAUUGUAUAAUAAAACUCUCUUAGGAGAUGACUUGGGAAAAUUCCCAGCUCCAUUACUGAUGAACACUGUCCAUUUCUCCAUGCAAGCUGUUUUAUCGAAGUUUAUCACGUGGUUUUGGUCCCACAGAUUUCAAGUCACAGUUACCAUGACAUGGAAGGAUUAUUUUGUGAGAGUUGUACCAACAGCUCUUGGAACAGCAUUGGACGUUAACCUGAGUAAUGCAUCCCUUGUUUUCAUCUCCGUUACAUUUGCCACAAUGUGUAAAUCUGCAGCUCCUAUUUUUCUUCUCCUAUUUGCUUUUGCAUUCAGGUUGGAGUCACCAAGCAUUAAGCUUUUAGGUAUCAUCAUGGUAAUCUCAGUUGGAGUUUUGUUGACAGUGGCAAAGGAGACAGAGUUUGAGUUUUGGGGAUUUGUACUUGUUAUGCUUGCUGCUGUUAUGUCUGGGUUUCGCUGGUGCAUGACUCAAAUACUUCUACAGAAAGAAGAAUAUGGUUUGAAAAAUCCCCUCACAUUGAUGAGCUAUGUGACACCGGUGAUGGCAAUGAUAACUGGACUUCUUUCUCUUAUGUUGGAUCCGUGGCAUGAAUUUAAAAUGAGCAGUUACUUUGAUAAUCCUUGGCACAUUUCCCGUAGCUGCCUGUUGAUGUUUUUUGGCGGAACACUGGCCUUUUUCAUGGUUUUAACGGAAUACGUUCUUAUUUCAGUAACCAGUGCUGUCACAGUGACUAUAGCUGGUGUUGUCAAGGAGGCAGUCACCAUACUGGUCGCAGUCUUUUACUUCCAUGAUGAAUUUACAUGGUUGAAAGGUGUUGGCCUUCUUAUCAUUAUGGUGGGCGUCAGUUUAUUCAACUGGUACAAAUAUCACAAACUCCAAAAGCAUCAAAUUGGAGAAGAUGACUUGGCUGAGUCACCUGAAGCAACUAUUUCUGCAAAAUAUGUUAUACUUGAGGAGAUGGAUGAUCAAGAUGAUACUAGCUAGAGUUUCUAUUAUUCUGGGGUACGUCUCUAAAUUCUUGAGUAUUUGCUCGUUUGUUCAGUCAUCAACCAUUGCACAUCUACCUCCACUUUAUUAGAUUGGUUGUGGAUCAAGAAAUUUUUGGGACAUUAUAAGAAUCGUCGUUUGUUUCUCGGCUUUUUUUGCCUUGCCAUUAUUAUCAGAAGAGCCUAUUCUGUACCAAUGUUUCCUCAAGCUUUCGGUAGUACAAAUAGUUUAUUCUGCAUUAAGAUACAGUUUUGUGGAUGCAAAGUGUAAUAUUUGAUUCAAUUUUAGUACUUAUUUCUUUUCUACUCCAAUUCUUUCAAUAAUUGUCUUUUAGACAUAGGAUGUAACUAUUAUUUAGGUACGAGGAUGCCGCUCUUCUCAUGAGGAAGAAUUGUUAGUUAAUGUGUCAAUGUGAAAUUCCUGACUAAAUGUCAGCCUAGAAUGUCUUCCUGUGAUACUUUUAUUUAUUUAUUUAUUUUUAUUGCUGCUCA